AUGAAAAAUGAUGGAAUUACAAAAAAGAAAUCGCUUAAAAUUAUAGUUUUAGUUUAUGCAAUAUUUAUUUACCUGAAUUUAAAUAUAAAAUGUGAGCAUUUGAAUGAACUAAAUAAAAAUGAUAAAGCAAAUUUAGAUAUAUAUAAAUCUGUAAUAAUUGAUGCAGGAUCAACUGGAACAAGAGUACAUAUUUAUAAUUACAAAAUAAUAAAUGAUAGUGAAAAUAUAAAAAUUUAUAUUCCUUCUAUAAGUUAUAAAGCAUCUCCUGGUUUGGUUUAUAUAUUAAAUAAUUACUUCAGUGAUGAUAAAGAAACUUUUUAUGAUUAUUUUAAGAAAAUUAAAAAUUUUAUAAAUGAAAAUAUUGAGAAAAAAGAGCGAUCAAGUACAGUUAUACUAUUUAGAGCAUCAGGUGGCUUUAGAUUACUAAGUAUAAGUAAAUCAAAAAAAUAUGUUAACUUUCUUAAAACUUAUUUGUAUAAUAAUUUUAAUGAGUUUUUAUUAAUUGACGAGUUAUUAAUCAAAGUAUUAAGUGGAAAAGAAGAAGCUAUUUUAUCUUUUGUAUCGAUUUAUUCUCUUCUAGAAAAAUCUUUAGACAGUCCCGUAAUAUUUACAAAUGAUAAUAAAAAUAGUAAUAGUAACACUAUAAAUAAUGUAAAUACAGAAAAUAACGUAAAUCUAAGUAAUGAAAUUAAUGAAAAUAACAAAAUUAAUAUUAUGGAUAAUAGUAAUAAUGAAAAUAAAAACAAUAGUAACGAUGUCAUGGGGGUAAUAGAAAUAGGAGGGGCGUCAGCUCAAAUUGUGAUUAAAAUACCGCAGUCAAAAAUGAAUGAUGAUAUUUUAAAUUUAUUUAAUUAUAGACUUAAGGAAAAUAAAAAAAAUUCAAUUAUUAAAGAAAAUUAUAAAAAUAAAAAUAUUGUAAAAAUAAAAUUAUUUCAUAAAAACAUUUUCUUAUAUUGCAAAAGUUAUUUAGCACUAGGAAGACAAAAUGCGAUGAAAACUUAUCUACAUUAUGUUGUACACAAGAAUAAGAAAGAAAAAAAAUUAAAAAAAUUUAUUCCUGUUCCUUGUUUUCCUAGGAAUUUCAAAUUUUUUAUUACUAAUUUAUAUAAAACAUCUAUUGAAGAGGAUAUAGAUGACUACGAUGAAAAAAGGGUAUUAAAGAAGAAUGAAUAUGUAGGAGUUGGCACAGGAGAUUUAAAUUUGUGUAGAAAAGAAAUACAAGUAAUUUUGAAUUAUUCGGAAAUUGAUGAAUUACCUUUUAAAUUAAAGAAAUUUAUAAAAUUAUAUGCAAUUGAAAAUUUUCAUCAUUUUGCAACUGACAUAUUGAAUAUUUCAGAAAAUUAUAAUCCAUUAUUGAUUAAUACAAAUAUGUAUAUGGAAAAAGCUGAAAAAUUAUGUCCUCUUACUGUUGAUGAAAUUAGAAAAUUAGUUAACCCUAAUGCAAAUAUUGAAAAAUCUCAAACGUCAUGUUUCGGAUUGGUAUUUUUAUACGAGUUUUUGCGGCAUGUUUUUAAAAUUGAUAGUGCAAUAUCAUUCUAUUCUACAAAUUAUAUAAAUAAAACUAUUAUAACUUGGACUGUUGCAGUUUUAUUGAUGGAAAUUCCACCAUAUUUUGAUUUAAUUAAAAAACAAAAAAAAAAAAAUUAUUACAGUGAUGAACUUUAA